AUGAUGGAGAGCUUCUGGAAUUUCCUGCAGCUGGAGAGCGCGGCCGGCCGGGGGAGCGAGUUGAGCGCGCGGCUUGGGAAGGGGCGCCUCCGCGGCCGGGUUUGGGGGAGACCUCCCCAGCCGCCCUCAGACCGGGUGCGAGGAGAGCGGCAGCACCUCCCCUCCCCCGCCGCUCUUUUCGGGUCUGGCGGGGGUCCAGUCCCGCUUCCCCCGGCCUGGGCCGCGGAGACAGGCCAGGUGCAGUCCGCGCCCCUCCCCCAGCCUCCUGGUUUCCCUCUCCGCCCGUCACCUCCUCCAGGAGUCAGAUGCUCCGCGCGGCCGCCUCCUCUGAGAGGGGGCGGGGGUGGCCCGCCAGGUAUGUUUGAGAAGGCGCAGGCAUCCCGAGAAAGAACAAGUCGCCUUUUGUACGCGUCCAGCCCGGGGAUGGGCUGGGCCCUCUCUGGGGGAUCCCCUGUUUCCGCACCCAGCUCCCCGCCCACGGACAGCGCCUCAGCCCGGCCCGCUGCGGGCCUUCACCUGGGGGCGCGGCGAGGCCGGCUGGGCGCCCCCUCCCGGGCACGGGCGCUGAGUACCCGAAGCCCUGACUCCGCCCCUCGUGACAUCACCCCAGGUACUACCAAUCUCCAGGAGCCCUGCCCGCCGGCGGCCCGCCCCUUCCAAGGCGCCGCUCCCCGGUGUCCCGGACGCGCGGGGGGUGAAGGAGAGGAAGGUGGAGGAGGCGGCAGGUCAGCCCCCUACCAUGCCCAGAGCUCCGAGUGCCAGCAGACUGUGCCCCUGCCGUGCCCGCCGCCAUGGCAACAGACCCCCUCCCUCGCCAGCUCUGCUCCUUCCUCCCCCCCCCACCCUAACAGCCAACUGCCCCAGCUGAAACCGGAGCUGAUGCAUCUCCCCCUCCACCUUGCCCGCUGUCCCCAACCUCUCUGCAACCCCCCACCCCCCAGUGGCAAGUUCCCCAGUCAUAUGGGAGCUUGCCUGCCUGCCUACACAUCGGCCUUGACCCUGGAGCCUGCCCAGCUGAGUGCGUUUAGAGGGCCCCGGGCACUGGGCAACGCUCAGGCCGCAGCAGAGACCACCCUGGAGACGCUGGCGGAGACAGGCCCUUCCUGCUGA